UAAAGAUAAAAUAUCACUGUUAUAUCAGUUAUAAUAUUUGCGUUUCAAACAAUGAUGUUUCAAUCAUGUAAUCCAAAAUAUCUGCCAUGGGAGGGGCUCUUCCAUGACAAAUGCCUUCCUCAUCUUGGGAGAGACUGCUUAAAAGAAAAUGAUUGGUUGUGGAUGGUGUGUAUGUCGUCUUUUCAUUGGCCGAGCAGGUGCACUAUUGCACAAAGUUUCAUAUGACUGCACCUGUGCUCGCCCUACCUGUUUGACCUGACUUGAGCGCAGCUAAAGUCACGCCCACCUUCCCCAGGUACAGCACAUCUGAUAGCGGAACUGCCAGGCUAAAUAACAGCUAGUUCCUUGUACAAACAAGUGAACUGUCCACCAUAAACUGGAAUUUCAUUUUUAUUUAGUGCUGUUUUUCUGCUCUUUUAGGUCAACCGCUGUAGCAUAGCGAGGGGAAACUGUCAUUCUUGAUUCUCCUUGGGAUUUUGACUCAUGCAGCAUUAAUAUAGAUUAGUGAAGGUAGAUCUGCUUACAAGAGUGACAAUAUGGGGUCUGAUGAGGCCUACAACUUUGUUUUCAAAGUGGUUCUUAUUGGAGAAUCUGGUGUUGGGAAGAGCAACUUGCUGUCACGGUUCACCAAGAAUGAAUUUAAUCAUGACAGCCGGACGACCAUCGGAGUGGAAUUCAGCACAAGAACUGUGCAGCUAAAUGGUCUCACCAUCAAAGCUCAGAUCUGGGACACAGCCGGACUGGAGCGGUACCGGGCCAUCACUUCUGCAUAUUAUCGAGGAGCAGUUGGAGCCCUACUAGUCUACGACAUUUCAAAGCAUUUGACGUAUGAAAGUGCUGAACGCUGGUUGAAGGAACUCUACGAUCACGCAGAUACUCAUAUCGUAGUGAUGCUAGUGGGCAAUAAAUCAGACCUGGCAGCAAUACGGACCGUUCCAACAGAGGACGCAAAGGACUUUGCAGAAAAGAAUGGUCUUCUGUAUAUGGAAACCUCAGCUUUGGGGUCAGUAAAUGUCGAGGCGGCAUUCAACACUGUGCUUGCAGAAAUCCAUAAAAAGGUGAGUAGCAAAGAAGUGACUCGAGGCUCUAUCAAUGCCGUGACAUUGUCCCAACCCAAAGCAGAUGACACACAGGUGGAGAAGAAGGUCUGCUGCAAGAACAUGUGAAAGUACAUUCUGGAUGUUCAGAAGGACUUCACAAGGAUCCUAAUGGAGUUGUGAAUUCAGCUUGUACAGUAGAGCCAUCAUUAAGAAAGAACCAGUAUGGCAAAAAAGCAAAAGGAAAUCCAUUUCAUUAACUGACAUAGCCAUAUUUGUAUUCAUAAAUAUUAUGUAGGCUUUUUAAUGUUUGUCAGGUUUGACAAGGAUUUUUUGACCUAAUUUUUGGCCAAUUUUUUUUUUUUUUUACUUUAAGUAGACGCUUUUAUCCAAGGUGACUUACAAAUGAAAAAUACAACAAGCAAUUCAUCUUACUUAACAUGCUGGAGAAAUAACUUUAUCACUGUAAUUAGUAUGUAAGAUUGAGGAAAGAACCUAUUUUUCCAUUUACACAUUUAUUCACACUAGUUUUUAAUUUGAUUAAUGAAGAUAAUUAAAAGAGACAUAACUUAUUUUUAUUAUUUAAGACUAAUCAGCUCUAAAUCAAUAUUUUGUGCUAUUAAUAUAUAUAUAUAUAUAUAUAUAUAUAUAUAUAAGCAAAGUGCUGAUUUUUAUCUUCGUAAUGAAUGCUUGACAUUUUUGCACAUUAUAUUUUCAUUAUCAUUAUGAUAAUAUGAUCACUGAUGCUGGAGGUAUUAUCAAUUGCUGUUGUUAAAGCAAAAAAGGAAGUAUAUCCAGUAUGUCAUUUUUCAAUUAUAAUUAAAGCAGAAAUAUGUAAGAAAAA